ACGUGCAGCCAGCGUAGUUACACUCCGGUCAGUCGAAAUGAUGAAUGAAAUGAAAGGCUGGAUAGGCCUGUUAACGGUCUUAUUGACUUCAAGGCUUUUGCAGGGUCAGGAUUAUAAGUACUCCCAACAGUUUGGUGGCUUGAUUUACGCAGACCCUGACAGUGCCGGCUACCGGCAAUGCGCGUACUGGGAGUUACCAGACGGAACACACCUACACAGUGAAUGCGAUCCGUAUAACAUGGAGCGAUGUGGUGAAACAGCACGAUUCAUCUACCAAUGCUGCUCUGGUUUCGAAGAAGAUCCUAACACAUUCGGUGGCUAUCGGCGACAACAGCCCGUCAAAUGUUCAAGGAUGAUUUCUCCAUACAAUGAAUGCGCAGAAACCAUUUUGAAAUCUGCCGAAGUGGCGCCCUUUUCCCCCGACUUGUCUGCUGUGAGUGAGCUGAAAAACGAAGCAGCGGAAGGGCCAUUUACGAUAUUUGCACCGAAAAUGGGUGAGGAUGAUGGGGGACGGGCAGUGCUUCCCGGCUCCCCUUACUGUGAACUUGUAGAAUUAGUUACAAGAGGUCUAAAAUUUUCCCUCUCUUUCUUUCCGCCUGAUAGCCCAAUAGAAGCAUCAGAACAUGUGGUCAGAGGGCGCUUUUACGCAGAGGACCUGAAGGAGGGGAUGGAACUAGAGACCGUAGAUGGGCGAAGAAAGCUUUACGUUUCACGUUUCGCUUACGGAGUUCUUGGAAUUGACUGUGCAGAAAUUACAGACGUUGAUUUAGAAUGUCGAAGUGGUGUUAUUCAUAAACUUCGCCAUCCUCUCAACGGGAGAGGAACGUUCACAAACACAGAUCGAACGUCCGUUAUGAGCCUACUUCAAUCCCACCCGGAAACCCAGGCAUUCGCUAAUGACCUGCCAUCUGAUCUCAAGCGGGACUUGGGUGCGGUUUAUUCUGGAAAACGCUACACGGUCUUAGCACCACGCGCUCAGGCUUGGAACGAUAUAAAAAGACAGUUCACGGGGGAAAAGCUGCAACAAAUUGCGGCCAGACAUGUACUGCCAAAUCAAGUCUGUUCGGGUGCACUCAUCAGUAAAAUGAACCAAAAAUCUAACGUGCUUGGGGACAAGGUCAAGAUCAUAUGUACCAUUGACAAACAAAGUUCCCAAGAGAAGCGAUACAUCAUGACCGAGUGCGACGAAGAAAUAAACCUUAUCGAAACCGACAUGGCUGCCGCGAAUGGCGUUGUUCAUCUGCUGGAGAAGGCGAUAACGCCGUUGACAAUGAAGAUGCUGCUUGAAAAUGAAAAAUGUGCAAAAGCUCUGAAGGUGAAUGAAUUUGUCAAGCUCAUGAGGGAAUGCGAUCUCUACAUCGAUGACAAUGGUAAAUACGCCGUCAUACUACCAAGAGAUGAAUCCUUCCAAUGGUGGUCAUCUUAUGAGCAGUUUCGAGAAGAAUACCAGCGUUUCCAAGUUGAUAAGGAAUACCGGUGCAAAGUGGCUCGAUAUCACAUCGUCAAAUCCAACGACAAACUGGAUAGUAUGGAGAGUUUCGCAAGUCACACAAUGGGUCAUCGCACGAAUAACAAGAACGACUACCUGUACGAAACCACCUACUUCACCAAAACUCCACAAGGGCCAAUGUUGAAUUUUCACUACUCACCAAUCCCGGAUAUGACAGCCCUAACUGUGGAUAAUAUGGCCAUCUAUAUAACACCGAGAAUCAAUGUCCCACCGGAGAAGAAUCUUACCGAUAUCCUACAGGAACGUCCUGAUACCACGUUAAUGAAUAGAAAAACGAUCGAAGCCGAAAUGGAUGUAAAGCAUUUUCAGAAAAACGCACCGAAGAAUCUUUACUUGGUCACUACUGACGACGGAUGGAAAGAUCCACGCGCAUCCCCACAGAGUCUUAAUCCAUAUAGGCCAGAAAACACAAUGUAUCAAGGAGAGACUUUAGAAAAGGUAACAGUUAACUGGUGUUUACUGACCACCUUUUCAUUUCAGUUUCUGCUACUUCAUCAUGUACCUCUCUACCUGUGGGGUGGAGACAUUGGAUAUUUUCCACCAAACUCUGUGCAUAAAUUCAUGUCUUCCGCCGGGGUGGAGUUGACCUUUUGGCGUGACGCGAGUGGCGUGAUGCGCAUCGGACACGACGAAAUGCCUCGUGACCAAUGGCCCAAGGUUGUCAAAUGGAACCUACCGGCCCGUGAUGGCAUAAUGUGGCUGCUUGAUGGUAUUUUGCAAUGUCCAUCUAUUCUCUGUCCCCUGUACGCGGAAGACAUUGAUUAUUAUGAUAUGUUUGUGGCCGCCUGUCAGACGGCCCAUCUGCCUGGCGAAGCAAGCCCAGCUGAUGACUUCCGGAAGAAACCGACUGAUGUGGCCAAUAGACAUCCAGAUGACUGCACGGUCGUUCUACAGCUGAGCGAAAAAUCAAUGAGAUAUGUUGAAGCCUAAGCCCGGGCAGUGUGAUACUGCUUCAAACUGAGGCGACGCAAGCUUCCCAACAAACGGUAGUCUAGUUCCUUCGGAUUCACUACUUUUUAUCGUGGACUGAUUAAACAAUAAUUUUCAAAAUAUAUAAUACGGUAAUUUGGC